AUGUCAAAUCCUCCAACGCUAGUCUUUAUACCUGGCGCCUGGAAUAAGCCAAGAUGCUACGACAAGGUCAUCAAGCUCCUUCAAGAUGAGCACCAAUUGAAAUGCGUGUCAAUAGCCCUACCUACGACAUCCGGAGACCCACAAGCCACUUUCAAAGAUGAUCUAGACGUUGCUCGUGAAGCCAUCGCGAGCGAAACAACUCAAGGGCGCAAUGUGGUUGUCGUUGCGCACUCGUACGGCGGCAUGGUUGGGAAUAGCGCCAUCAAGGGACCUCCAGCCGAAGAGGCCGAAUACUGGGUUUCCCAACUCACUACCCAGGGUCUCAAAGCUCUCUUUGAAGGACGUGAAUAUACCUAUGCCGGUUGGCAAGACGUGCCGACUUGGUAUAUCGGCACCGUUGAGGACCACGGACUGCCGGUGUUGGCGCAACGGAUAAUCGUGGGCAUGGCGAGGGAGAUGGGUGGGAGCGUGGAGCAUAGAGAGUUGCCGACGAGUCAUUCGCCAUUUUUGAGUCAGCCAGAGGCCACGGUAAAGAUUAUGUUGGAUGCUGCAAAGAAACAGCUUCCACACGAUAUACAGUGGACGUACAGUAAUGAUUUGGAAGUGAUUACUAUGGACCACCAGGACGGGAGUUACCUACCGCAAGGUGGAUGGUUAAAUCCACCUCCCAAUGACUACGUUGAGAAAGUCAAAUCACAACACUGGAAAGAGUUCCUUGACAAAGCGAGACAUCUCUGGAAAGCGGCGUCAUACAUGAAACCGCGGGAGUCCUAUGGCAGUAUUCCACCACUGAAAGACGGAACAAACGAGGUAGUAGAUAAUGAAUGCAAAGCUAAAAUGUUCAUGGAGGCAUUCUUCCCCAAGAUGGCAGCACCAGGAGCCAUGGAAAACCCAGAACCAAAUGAAGAAAUUCGAUGGGAUCCAAUCACAAAGGAAGAAGUCUAUGGAGCCCUACAGCGCAUGAAAGCCAGGAAGGCUCCAGGAGAAGACGAAAUCCCAACGAUGGUAUGGAAGCAAAUUUGGCCGUACCUCAGCGAAGAGAUCUUCCAGAUCUUCACAGCAUCAAUUAACCUCGGAUAUUACCCACGACAAUGGAAGAGAGCGAGAAUCGUGGUCCUCCGGAAGCCGAACAAACCGGACUAUGCCAUCCCGGGAGCGUACCAACCGAUCUCGCUCCUGAACACGCUCGGCAAGGUCCUAGAAGCAGUUGUCGCAAAACGCCUUUCUUACUACGCAGAGACCUAUAGUCUAUUACCGAACACUCAAUUCGGUGGUAGACCAGGACGAAACACGGAACAGGCGCUUCUAAUAUUGUCUAACGCGAUCGACAAGGCAUGGAUCCGGUCUAAAGUAGUGACGCUAGUUGCGUUCGAUCUCAAAGGAGCCUUCAAUGGGGUCAACGGAAGUGUCAUCGACGGGCAACUCAAAGCAAAAGGGAUUCCGUCUAUCCUCCGGAGCUGGGUCAUCAGCUUCAUAGAAGAGAGGACCACUAGCAUUACGUUCGAUAAUUUCAAAUCCACCAGACUACCCCUGGAGAAUGCUGGUCUCGCCCAAGGAUCUCCACCAUCGCCGAUACUGUUCAUCUUUUUCAACGCUGUUUUAGUAAAUCAGCCGGUCAACCACAAAGGUGGUUCGUCAGCAUUUAUCGACGACUAUUUCCGAUGGGUCGUGGGACCAUCCGCAGAGGAGAAUCUUCGAAAACUGCAGGAAGACGACAUUCCACGGAUCGAACAAUGGGCCAACCAAACAGGCUCAUGCUUCGCGGCAGAGAAAACAGAACUGAUCCAUCUAACCCAGAGAAAGUCUGAGCUAAGUAAAGGACAGCUGAUCAUACAAGGCACCACCAUCAAGCCGAGCACCACCGCCAAGCUGCUCAGCGUAGUAUUCGACAAUGAACUGCGAUGGAAACUGCAUGUCCAACAGGUGUUAAAGAGAGCCACAAAAGUCAGCACGGCACUGAGCGGUCUACGAUACCUGCGUCCAGGCCAAAUGCGACAGCUAUAUCAAGCCUGCGUCACCCCCAUUGUAGACUAUGCAUCCACAGUCUGGCACUGCCCCACGAAAGACAAGAUGCAUCUCAGGGCCCUCAACACAGUCCAGAGAUCAGCGCUCAUACAGAUCCUGUCAGUCUUUAAGUCAGUGGCGACCACCACUAUGGAAGUUGAGCUGUUCACACUACCGACCCGACUUCGUCUCCGCCAGAGAGCGCAGAUAACCAUUGUCAACUUACUCACGCUCCCGUGGGAUCAUCCGAUACAAGGAGUACUAUCGAGGGCAAGAAGGCGACGGGAUAACCCUGGCAAUGGCAGUGCCCCGCGAUUUCCCCUUGCCGAAUCCAUGAAAACGAUGGGCCUUAAACAAUUCAGCGGAUUAGAGACUAUCAAUCCCAAACCAACAGCCCAGUGGAAAUUACGGGCGUUUAAGGAAAUUGACAUCAACCCAGACCGAGAAAAAGCACGAAAGAACGCCGCAGCCCUCCUCACGAACCCUCACCGAGUGGUCUACUCCGACGCCUCGGGACAUGACAACCACCUGGGGGCAGCGGCAGUGGUCUUAGACCGCAACCAGAAUAUAGUUGCGUCUCGCAAAACGGCCAUAGGCUCAAUGGCACACUGGUCUAUCCACAUAGCUGAGUUAAUUGGCGUUUAUGACGCAAUCAGUAUUGGAGGCGGAUUACCCUCAAACAAAAAUGACAUCCGGCUUGGGGAUGUGAUUGUCAGCAAGCCAGAUGGGCAGUAUGGCGGAGUUGUGCAGUAUGACCUGGGAAAGUGGACGGCAGAUGGCUUCGAGAGAACAGGAUCAUUAAAUGCACCACCUGAAAGAUUACUGGCCGUGCUUAACUUGAUGCCUGGUCAUGGUCGCCAAUUCGCAGAACCACCGUCACGGCUAUAUCCAGACGAAGGGCUUGAUCAGUUAUUUGAGCCUGAUGGGCAGCAACUAGUGAACCGACAGCCAGGUAGACGGAGGGAGGGACCGUAUGUCUUUUACGGGACAAUUGCCUCUGGGAACAGUGUUAUCAAGGAUGCUGACACCAGGGACAAGCUAAGAGUCCAACAUGGCGUGCUCUGUUGUGAGAUGGAAGCAGCUGGCCUAAUGAACAGCAGCUUCCCAUGUCUUGUGAUACGCGGAAUUUCCGACUAUGCUGAUUCCCAUAAGAAUGAUCGCUGGCAAGAGUAUGCGGCAGCUACAUCGGCGCGUUACGCGAAAGACUUUCUCAGCCAAAUUCCAGAGGAAGUGGCGCAAGAGUUGGCUCCGAUAAGAGUGCGGGAAGACAGAGAACUAUUUCUUCAAACAGUGGCUUCCACUCAUGGCCAGAAUCGAACUAGUCGAGUGCGAUGACUGUUUAUCAGGGAGGCCGUGCUUGGUUCGGACAUAUCUCGCAUGGAGUCUCCGCUGCCUACUAAGACUGAAUCCGUGCUAAAUGAUUGUUUACAUAAUCUUACUAGAUUGUCUCGGCUUUAUGUAGCCUCAGACUGCACGAUGUCGGCGACUGGAUUUCAAAGCCACUGUCUUACGUGACAAAUCCUUGUAUUCCAAUCUAUUCCUAUGCUAUUCUACCAAGUUCUUGCUCGCCCAGACUAUCGUCCGUUCUAGGAAUGAGUAAACGAAGCGGAAGGUUGGCCGCUUGAAUUGGAGCAGGGAUAAGCGCUA